AUGGAAUUACCAGAAGAAUGCUGGGAAUCAAUUUUCAGUUUCUUAGAACACCAUCGCUACUCCGAACCUCUUUCUUUGGUGUGCAAAAGGUUUCUUUCCAUUACCAGUCAUCUCCGUCGCACUCUCACCAUCACCGACCCAACCCUUGAAUCCCUCCCCAAUAUCCUCCUCCGCUUUCCAAAUCUCACCACCAUCGUUUUCCGUGAUUUCCACGUGGUUGACAUUAGCUAUCCUGACCAUGGAUGUGGGUUUUCCCCGAACGGGUCAUUGGAUUCGAAGAGUGUUUCUGGUUUGCUUACCGAUUAUGGUAUUCUUAGGUUGGCCUCGUCGCUCAAGAGUUUGCGCAAGAUUGAUCUCUCUGGUAAUACCUUCAUAACCGAUCAAGCUCUUGUUACUUUAUCGUCCAAUUGUUUGUUCUUGACUGAAAUUGGGAUUCGUGAUUGCGAUUUCAUUACCCAGAACGGAAUUGCUUUGGCUCUUCGUAAAAGUGAUAAUUUGAAGUCGAUUUUCAUCAAUGGAAUUGGAAUUCCUUCGAUUGAUGCAUGUUUUUUGGAUUCCUUUGCUUAUGCCAGAAGUUUAAGCGAGCUUGAUCUCUCCAAUUCGUUUAUAUCUGAUGAAUUGUUGUGUUUAGUAGCUGAAGCUAACCUUCCAUUGCACAAGCUUGUCUCUCUCGUUGCUUUUGUUUCACAUUUGAUGGGAUUUGUUUUCUCUUGUCCAAGUAUCCGUCUAUUACAUACUUGGAUCUUGAAGGAGCAAAUUUCCGGCUGA